CAACGCUCAUCACCGUUUCGGCCGCGGCGACCUCCGACAGGGACGAAAAAAAGGGGCCAUGCUUAGCGACGGGAUCCUCCACGCGAGCUCGACGGCGGCGGUUGGCCGGCGAGCCUAUUCCGGUGAGGAGCGAUGGCAAUAUCCAUGGCAGAAGAGAAAAAGAAGGAUAGAGGAGAGUAAAUGCUGUGCGGGUCUGGGUGUGUGGCUGCCAUGUGGGGUUUGGGAGGACACGCGCGGAUGACCAGAGACGCCCGCACGCGUCCGGCUCGCCCCAAAUUGCUCCCAAAUUUGGUCCGGCUUUGGGUCAUGCCGGACAGCACAGCAGUCCGUUUUUAAUAUGGGUCUGCGCGUUGGGACGCGUUUUUACCCAAACGGACGAAAGUGGUGUCCGUUUUUCGGUUUGGGUCUCCGGGUUGGAGAUGCCCUUAACACUGCAACUUGCAGAUGGCAAACCUGAUUAAAUUCCCCCUCAGGCCCAUAAUACCUGUCGUGGUUUUAAUUCAAAAUUGUAUUGGAACCACGACAAAUAUUAUAGAGGAGGGAGUAUUAGAAUUUCCUGGAAGUUUCCAAUUGGCAUGUUCUCAGUCCACAUGAAAGACUUGGCAUGUGUCCAAAGAAAGACUUGCCAGUUGCCAUUGGAAUACUUUUGACAGGUUCUUCAUAGGAACCUGUGAAGGUUUCUUAGAUCCUAUCUUGCAAAUCCUGCUUGCAAUUACUGCGAACUGAACUUCGCUCUGGCGUGCUGUAAAGUAACUGAGAAAGAUUACCAGCUGCUUCUUUCCAGAUCAUAUUUGUUUGAUCCAUACUUUGAUCUUUCAUACUGGUACCAUUAAUCGUGAUGCUUGUCCACCAAAGCAUUGAAAAGGAUGUCUUUGAGCCACUGGAGGCUCGUGUUACUGAAAUUGGACGCCGCUUCUUUGGGGUAGUGAGUUCACCUGGAAAUGGUGAAAGAGGUCUUAUAGUGCAGGAACUUCCAGCAAAGAUUAGAUGGGAAGUGCAGCAUCUCGAAGAAUUGUUUGAGGGAAUCAAGGAAGACAAGGAGGGGGUCUAUGAAGGCAUCACGUCUGUUAGCAUGGCAGUCUCUGAGUGGCAAAGAAGAUUGGGAAUAGCAUACCAGAAUGUUGGAGCUCCUGAACCUUUUGAGGGAAUGAAAUGGGCAUUUGAGCAUCAUGAGGAGUGGGUUGAGGAUGAUACCACAUCAGGAGCCAAUAAUGAGACGCUGUCUUUUGAUGAAGAUGAGCUUUUUGAAUCACUUCGAUACCUUAAGACUGCAGAAGGUGGUUCAGAAGCUCGUCUCUUGGAAAGUAUCAAGAGUGUGAUGCAGUGCAUCAACCAUGUUCUUGCCACUGUUCGAUCAAGAAUGGACGCAGCCAAUGGGAGCUCUCGUAUUGUAGACCAUGUCUUCUCCCCAGUAUUGGGACUUCUAAAAACUAUUGACCAUCUAGUAUCAGAAGCUACUGCCCGCAGUAACAAAUCUGAGAACUAUAAGUUCCUUGCCAAGAUUGAUGAAAAAGUAAAUUGCUUGCAAGAUGCACUGCAUGUGAUUGAUAGAAACAAGAGAGAGGUUCAGGAAAGCUUUAGGAUGAUUGAAGAUCUCAUCUCGCCACUAUUGGCACGUCUUAAUGACACCUGCAAUGAUCAUUUGGAAUCUCCGAGCUUCCAAGAUGAGAUUAAGCACAACAUUAACAGCUUGGUAGAUGUACUUGAUAUGGUUGACAAAAAGAAGCAAGAUGGAAAUGCUAACUUCACCAUUGUCAACGCAGCGUUCUUGCCACUGUUGACUUGUUUGAGCACCUUCAGGCACCUCUCAUUAGAAGCCUUAGCUCAUGAAGAUAAAUCAGGUGCUUCUGUUCUCUUGAGCAGCAUCACUGAUGAGCUAUCACAGCUCAAACAUGCACUCCAGAAAGUCCAGGAGAAAGAAAAAGGGAUAUACAGUAACUUUGAUGCCAUCGAGCAACAUAUUGAUGAGAUUUUUGAGGGACCUAUCAUAGAUGCUGAAGGCUCCUUAAAACUUCGGCAGAUGGGUGGUCUGCGAGAAAAGCUCCAUAUGAUUCAUGAAGAGAUAACAAACAUAUGGGGAAAGGUGAAUGACUCUUAUAAGGUCCAGGAGGUCUCCAUCGGAUCGAUAUCUGCAGGACAUGAAGCUUCAUCUUAUCAUCCGUUGUCAGCAGCAGAUACAUUCUGCAUUGCCAGGGAAAGUGCGCAAAUGCGGCAGCUCAAGGUUACCAUCGAUAGUCUGCAUACGAGGUUGAGAAAUUGCCUUAUGUGCCUUGCUGUGUUCCCAGAGGAUGCAGUCAUCAAGAAGAGGCUGCUAAUUCAUUGGUGGAUUGGAGAAGGCUUUGUGAGUUCAGUUUCCGAGGGGAAGAAAUUCUUUGAUGAACUGCUUGUCCCGAAGGGAUUCAUUAAGCCAGUAAUGAAAUACCACUGCGACAAAGUCCACAGUUGCAAGGUGCAACCGUGGAUCCGUGGGAUACUGAUCGAAUCUGCAAGGAGCACCGCAUUUGUUGAGAUCAAUUCUGAUGGCAGCUCCAAGAAUGACUUCACCAGAACCCAGCGUGCAUGUUUGUAUGAUGGGAAGAUCCUUACCAAUUUCCACCAUGAUGUGUUGACGGUUUACAAUAUUAAGCAACAGUAUCUGGAGUUAGACAAGGCAUGGUUUUCUGGAAAGAAAUGUUUGAGCACUCUGCAGUUAGGACGAUGGCAGGACUCGAAUUAUGACCCUCGGGCACAUCACAUAGAGAUGAACAAUGUUGAAUUCCUAAAACAGUUCAAGUCCUGCAAGGAACUGAAGUACCUGAGCUUGAGAGGCAUAUCGAGCAUUGUAGCCCUCCCAACCUCGAUUGGAAAGCUCACAAGACUUGUUAUCCUUGAUCUCAAAGCAUGCCAUAAUCUGGAGGACAUACCAAAGGAGAUAGUGAAACUAGUGAAGCUAGAGUACUUGGACGUUUCGGAAUGCUACUUGAUGUCAGGUAUGCCUAAAGGACUAAUCAAGCUUUCACAACUUGAAGUUCUCAAGGGGUUUGUUCUGGCCAACACUAGGAGCAAAGAUCCCUGCCAUCUCAAGGAACUUGUCAUGCUGAAAAAAUUACGGAAGCUGAGCAUUAGAAUUGGAAAUAGUAUAGAUAGUGAUCAGUUUGAGAAAAUCAAUGAGUUUUCUGCCCUCCGGUCGCUCACACUUACUUGGGGGACUGCGGUACCCUCAAUACCUGCUAUACAUGAUGGAAAUCGUGUUUCAGGAUCAAGUCAUGCUGCUACUACUGCUCUUAAACAUGCAAUGCCUUCUGUUCUCCCCUCAGGUCUUGAGAAGCUGGAUAUCCGUUGCUACCCAGUAGCAGAAUUUCCUUGCUGGGUUAAUCCGCAAGAUCUGAAAAAUUUGAAGAAACUCUAUAUCAGGGGAGGUAUCAUCAGUGGUCUAGGUGAGGACAAGUUCUGGGAGGUGACCGUGGUUCGGCUAAGGUUCCUCAAUCAUCUCAACUAUGCCUGGACUGCACUGCAAGAUACAUUCAAGAAACUCCACAUUUUGGAGGUGCAUGAAUGUGAAAAUCUUGAAACAUGGCCUGACUGUCAAAAAGGCUUGUGGCGGAAAGAGAUGAAUGGAAUGUUUGCAUCUCUAUUACCCUGAAAUGAGACUUCAAUCUUGCAAGGCAUCAGUUUCUUGUUAACUGCCAACUUGUGGUAUUUCUUCAACCAUGCCAUACCAGAACAAGAAUUUAUAGACAAGGUUCAGAAGGCAACUUGUUGACGGUAAAGAAGAAACUUGAAUUUUCGCCAGUCCCGUUCCAUUUCCGUGAACAAAAUAUUGCGACAUCACAAAAGAAUUAUUGUCAGAUGGCUAUCAGUACUCAGCUCUCCACUUUGUAAGCCUGGAUCAAGAUCUGGGUGUCUCAGACACGUCAUCUCUGAGCAGUGAGCACGGAAGGGACAGUGAAACGUUCAGGCCGCGUUUUACAGGUACUGCAGCAGCAGAUCAAUAAUCUACUCCCUCCGUUCUUAAAAAUAAGACGUUUCCCAAAACACCUUUUUUUUUUUAGAGAAACACUCUAUAUUUAGGAACGGGUUCUUUUACUGUACCCAGUACCCCCAAGUUUGUAUAUACUCUCCAUUCUCGUCGAUCUACUGGAUGAGGUUAACGCAGACUCCGGUAAAAGUGCCAUGGAGUAACAUGGCAAAAAUUAGGGAGUACCACUACCGCAGGGGUAGAAUGGUAAUAUGUAAUAAUUAUUAUAACUUUUGUUUAUAAUCAUGAAACCAGAACUCAGUUCUAUUGUA